AUGUCAGCCAACUCUGCGCGUUAUUAUAAAACUCAUUCAUUACCACUACAGAUCAAGCGCGAACAAGGAUUGCAAAUGCGUGAGGAUAAUCUCGCUCAAAUUGUGAUGGAACACAAUGGGGUAAAAGAAGCAGGUUUUUCCUCCAGGCAUGUUGUUGUCGGAGAGACUUCUUCAAAUAAACAAACUGGCUUCAUAUGUACCGAUGACAUACCUCCACUCAUUCUGGACUCAGAUGCGCUUUCAAUCGAAUCCAUGCUACCUGCAGAACCGUCAUCUGGUAUGGAUGGAAGGACUGUCACCCUCUUUCCGUCAAUCGACUACAUUACAUCCAGCGAUGUUUUUGAUGCGCUAGGUGUGUGCAUGCACAGCGCAUUGAAGGUUCUCCUGUGUAUUCCUUGCCGGGUCGCAUUGACUUCUGGCAUGGUUGUGGGACACAAGAAAAAACACCACCACAUGCAUGAGAUAUCACCAGACGAUCUACAGACGUUCUUAGAAGCUUGCUCGAAUGCGAACAUAUACGAGAAUCCAGAGAAUGUCAAGCUACCAACUGCAGGAGGACCGCCUGUACAGCUCAUUGGGGACCCAAGCGACGGGUUUGCAUGCACAACAUCAGACUACUGCUCGUAUUUCACCAAUGAUCUACCAACAAUGGAACUACAUAUUAAGAAGAAGCACGGUCAGGCCAGUAUGGUUGCUAUUUGUUAUAGAUCCUGCCUCGUCCAACAAUUGUUUUUGGCGCUGCGUAAUCCAUAUUUCGAGGUUGGACGUGACGUUAUCCCAGGGGCCAGGCCGGACGUCAAAUCUACCAUUAAAGCUACAUUUCUAUCUGCAGUCGAUGUUGCAUCAGUUCUUCCAGUGCCUACAGAACGGGAAAUAACGCCGCUGAUUCAUUUUAUGGGCUGGGACACUUUCAAGUUUGAACUCCGGAUAAAUCCGACCCAGAUGCAGGAAGCGAAUUGUAUGAAGAGAAAUCAUACAGCCGAUGAAUCUGGCGGGAUAAUUGCCCAUCUCGCUGAGACAGUACAAUACCACAUGUCAAAGGCUUCCACCAUCUUGGAUGAUCAUCCUCACAGGCUGAGCCUGUCUAAAAUCCUGUUGUAUGGUGACUCCAUACCACGAGACACCGAUCAUCAUUGGACUCCUGUGUCCGAUGAAACCAGCGAGUAUUCUACCUUCAUUAUCCAAAUCAUGAGAGCGAUCCUGCGAAGUCACCUCGGAUUCCCAUUCGAUUUCUCGUUUGAACUGUCUCCCGUGCAGACACAGUGUCUCGAGGAACUUGUAGUUGUCCUGGAUGACAAAAUGGUAUCCCCACGCAAGCGGAUGAUGCUCUACCAUACUUUCGCGUGGUCUCUAGUUAACAGAGAUCAGGAAAAUUGCAUGGUAGACAAAUCUGAAAAUCCGAUCGCACGAGCCAUCUGGCUCCUGGCGUUGCGUGAGGAUGGAAAUUUUUGCGGAGCAUCUGUCCUUGAACAAGAUCUCGUAAAGCUUCAAUAUUUUUGCAACAUCACCUGCCUGCUUGAAGCACUAAUGGAUAAAGAUGAGGGUAAAGAUUCGGUCCAUUUCGAUGACCACGACCGCCUAGUUCGUGUUCACGACCGGGCGCUACGCCUGGGUCGUCCCACAACGUUUAACAUGGUAUACGAGAUGAAGCAGUGUGCUUCGUCGUUCGCAUUCUAUCAAAGGAUGGAACCCAAUGUCUAUGUCGAUCCUGAUGUUCGCUUCAUCACCAUAGGCAUCAAUACCAUGCACAUGGACAAGCUGAGAGACGGAAUACACAGGCUCCUUCGGGAGUCUAAGUCACGCUAUUCGUCCCUCACUAACGACAUCUUCAUGUUGAAAGUUGUCCCAGAGAAGGUCAAGGAUGAUCUCACCAACUGCACUCGUGGUUAUUCGUUUCUAUCAGAGGAGCCUUUUUUCAAAAAUCGCCAUUCUUUAUUCUUCUACCUGGUGGAUCACUACGAUCUUGCCAUGGUCGACAACGCGGGACGACUCGCAUGGAACAUCCCUGCAAUAAAGGAUAUUCUUAGACAAUCGUUGCGGGUCUGGGAGCCUCUUUACCAUUUACUUUACAUCACCACUCACAUCACAUGUCGCGGAACUCACUUCAUAGAUCACAAAAUCAGCAAUUCAGAAGGGCAUCGUAGCCUUUUCAUGCUGGAAAACGAAAUGUUUCUUCUGGCAGGCUGCAGUAAUACUGGCAGCAUCACAGAUCGAGCCUCAUUUAACCCAGGAUUCGUUCCAAAGGAGGUCGCAUUCUUUGUUCUGGAAAUGCUCGCAGGGGGGUUGCGGACAGCAGAAGCGAUCCUGGCUGGGGUUGCGUAUGGCGCUGAGGCUGAGACAUUAUACAGAACGUACCUCUGCGUCGGCGAGGGCAAGCGAAUUAGUUCUACGAUGUUCUCUUCCAAAAUGCAGCAGUGGAACUACGAUUACUUUGACUGUUGGUGGGGACUGAGAGAUUUCAACCAAGGCUUGAUAAACAUUUCUCGCGAAUUCAUCUCCCCAGAAUACUCUUAUAUUCAAGCCGGCAACAUUCUAGCGGACUCUGCAGAUCGCUCGACUGGCGUGGACCACGUCUAUCCCUACAUCAACCAAGGAGUCGUCCCUCGAUUUUCCAACGAUAUCAUGUGCACGAACAGAUGGUUGGGUGAUCAGUGGCACAGCGUCCUCGGUAUUGGACCCUCCCCGCCUCCAGAGGCAAUCAGAAUCAACCGUAAGAACAUCUCCAAUGGAACGAUCAUCCAGUCCAUUUUGCACCAGGUCAAGAACACUACAGAAGAAAGUCUAAAAUCAUUUUUCAGUGGUCAGUUCACGGAAAUACUCAACGACGCGAUUUGUACGGCCUUUGUGAAACAAAGACACUACACACAACAUGAUCAAACGACGGGAGAUGUGUUUCCGCAUCGCUCCAGCUUGACCAAUGAAUUUCACAUCGGGAACUCUGAUGUAACAUCCGUGCUGCCACACUCUCCACUUCCAGCAUCAUCAAUUUUCAGCGAUGCGCGUUCGGAGUCCAAUGAAACAUGUAUAUCAUGGCCCGAAACUGUUCAACCAAGCGAUUCGCGCAAAUUAACGCCUGUGGUAGAUCGCAAGGGCAAGGGUAGAGCGUAUGGAUCUGGACAGAUGGGACCUUCAAAGGGCAGAAUAAAUCCACCCGCAACGAAGUCGAUUUCUGCUAGUGUCAUACAACACGAGCCCUCCAGCAUAUCCCCAAUCGUAUAUUCAAAGGGAAAGCAUAAGGCAGAUUUACCAGACAAUCCUCGACCUUCUACCACCGGAGUAGAUUUGACGUACACUGAUCACAGUAUCUCACAGCUCCAUGAUUCCGUACCAUCCAUAUCCAGUUCAGCCCCAAUCGCACACACCGUCUACCGGUCCAGGAAACAUCGGCUUCAGAAUGUCAACGAGACAGAAUCUGACGAGAGAACUUCCAGGAGUCACAAACGUGUUCGCAUUCGUAGAGAUGGAGGUCGAAAAGCGCUGCCUAUGGAGGUUAUCAGCAUCUCCAGUGACGAUGAACUAUCAAUUGUAGAUAAUAACGAACCACUACAACAGCUGCCUCAGGCCUUUACCACGACUAAAAGGGCACCCACGAAUAUUAUGAGGAUCUCGAGCGGCGAAGACAAGUCAUCUCUUCAUGAGAAUCAAUCCUCACUUGACGCGAGCCAGUCAUCUCUGGACAACGACUAUCGAAGACCAUCUAGCGAAGACAGUAUGUCGAAUUUUAUCGUCGCUGAUGGAGGUCAACCAUCCUCGCCGCCACCAUCUGUUCGGGACAUUAGACGCAACAUCCGAGGCGCAAUAAUACACAUCACGAAGGAUGACAAUGCGAGAGAAAAGGGCACGAAUCAGAUGAAUAUGCUCAUUGCAGUAAUGACAGAACAUACUGACCUCGUCAUCACCAUGAAAACAGGAGGCGGAAAAAGUAUGUUGUGGAUGGUACCAUCAGUGAUGGACCAGGGCGCCAGAUCCAUUGUGGACUGCGGUGUCACAACUACUAUUUUGUUCGUUCGGGCAGAGGAUUGCCAGUCUGAGGCAUUUUCGAGUUUCCUUGUAUCUCCACUGGGGUGGAAGUUUAACAGGAUAUUCAUAGACGACUUUUAUUCUGCCAUCAACAGUCAGCCACGCCAGGCUGUUCCAUGGAAAAAACUUGUGCAGCAAUUCGGCAACAUGUGCAUCAGGAUUGUGCUCGUGACAAAUACUUGCCCACCUCAUCGUCUUACGAACUUCAUCAAACCAUUCGGGAUCAAGCCAAGCAGGAUCACAGAAGUACGAGCAGCCACAAACCGUCCAGAUAUUGGAAUGCACGUCGUACGCAUCCAGCCCAUUUUAGCCAUGCAGUCCCUGGAACGCCUCGUAUCUGCUCUAUGCGAUCGAAUGGCUGAUGAGGAACGUAUUCUGGUGUUUUUCAGUUCACAAGUCGAUCUAGAAUCGUUUGAAGUGCGUGCCAAAUGCGCUGUGUACCAUAGCGGCCUCGAUAAGUCGCGAAGCCCAAAGGCCUAUAACUUUCAUCGAUGGGAUGUAGGCGAAACAAAGGUUAUGGCGUGCACAACCGCAUUCAUCCAGUGUAUGCACAGACCUCACAUACGAUAUGUCGUCAUCUUCAGGCCUUCGUACGGACUCGUUUUAAACAACCAGAUGCUCUGUCGCGCAGGCCAAGACGAGAAAGAGUCUCACGUAUUUUUUCUUACUGACCAAACUGGAGAUAUGUGCAGGGGCCCUUCGACUAACGAGUGUGUGGGGGAGUUGGACGACCUAGUCCACGGUAAAAGAUGUCGCCGCUUCGUGAACAUGCUUUGUAUGGAUGGAGACAACUUUGCGAUGAAAUGCACGGACGAACCACAAGGGAUAUAUUGCGACGCCCGAAAAUCCUCACAGGACUCUACAUCUUCCAGCGAUUUUUUCUAUUACCAGGGUGCAUCAGGACUCAGUGCAUCUGAAGCUCUCAUGCUCGAUGCCAUGGAGGACAUACAUCGGAAGUCGCUGAUACCUAACUUAUGGAAGCGUAAUACUGGCCCAGAGAACCGCAAAUACACGCCAUCUAUGGGCUGCUCUUUGGAUGUUCAACUGCUGCAUCCUUCAUCCCUUCCUGGAAAUUCUGGCACUUUCUCGGCAACAACGAAUCAGGUUAACGAUGCACUUUUGAACCGUAUUUCACGCAGCGCGUGCCUUGACAAAUUCAUGCGGACCUUGAGAGACAAGUGUCCAAUACACUUUGGAAACGCAGGGCAGCUUGUCAGGGCAAAGUACCACUGGUGCACCAUGGAGAAAAAUAUUCCCAUGGAUAUGUAUGGGAAUUUCAAACUUCGUUUCUCGUUCGACCACAACACAUAUUGCUUUCAAUGUGGCUUGCCACUAUCACGCGAUGGAAAUGGAGAAGAACCAGCAUGUCAUGCUGGCUUGUUCGCUGAUAACGGGGAUACAUGUCCAUUCGCUGACUUUAUCUUCAAGACAGUCUUUUCAAUGUGGCACAGGGAUGGCUUCCGUACAUUGUUGCAAAAGAAAGUCGGCCAGGGAGCAUCGCUCAACAAAUACCCUGAAUUCUUGAACUGGAUAGUCAAGGAAUCUACAGACGAAGGCAAGUACAACAAUCUAUUAGAGUCAUUCCUUUGGUUCUGCAAUGAGGUGGAGAAAGCCAAGCCCAAAUUCUUUGAUUGA